AUGACCCAUUGUGUGCACCUGCUGCAGAACACUCGUCCUCAUAGGGCACCCAUCAGAGUGGCUAAUGGACUUGUGGUCUAUUCAGAGCUUGUGGGGGAGAUAGUGCUUAGGCCACUGAUCCAUGGACAUGCCAGGAGCCGGUCUGUCAUCCUCUCCAAUGUGCUCUAUGUCCCUGCUCUGUCACACAAUCUGAUCUCUACUACAUACCUGUCAGUUCACCAUGACUACACUGUGCUCAUGAAGGAGAACUACAUUCUGUUCAAGCGCAAUGGUGAAGUGUACUUUGUGGCAGAUAUCUCAGAGCAGGGCCAGGCAUUUGUGAGAGAGACUGUCAUGGAUAAAGAGCUGGUUACUGGUGUGAGGCUUGCCUUUGCUAGGAAGCCAGACCCCAUCUGUGAGCCAUGCCUCUUUGGCAAGCUGAAUGCUGGCCUGUUUCCUUCAACUGGUCAUCGUUCUGGAGCGCCUCUGGAUCUGAUUCACUCUGAUCUAAAGAGCUAUUCUGUGCCCACCCGUGAGGGCUGGAAGCACAGGGUGACCUUUAUUGACGAUCACACUGGCUUCAAGGUAGCAUACCACAUGAAGAACAAGAGUGAGACAUUUGCAGCCCUUAAGAUGUUUCAAGCCUAUGCUGAGACUCACUGGGGGCUAAAGAUCAAGGCAUUCCAGGACGAUAAAGGGGGAGAGUACAUGUCUAAUGAGUUCAGAUCACAUCUGGACAAGUGUGGCAUUGUGCACCACCAUUCAGUCAGGGCACGGCCUCAGCAGAAUGGGACAGCAGAGCGGUCUAACCGCACCGUUGAUGAGCACUCCACUGCCAUGUUACACAAAGCCAACCUGCCCCUGCAUUCAGGGCACUGGCGGUGUCUGCAUACAUCCAUGUGUGCAACAUGCACCCCACAGCUCGAGACCCCACCAGGACUCCCCAUGAGCUGUGGUUCAAGGCAAAGCCUGAUGUGUCUCAUCUUCGUGUUUGGGGAUGCCUUGCCUAUGUGCAUGUGCAAAGAGACAAGAGAGGUCCUUCUGGUCACCAUGUCCAGAAGUGUAUCUUUGUAG